AUGGCCGGCGCAGCUAGUUCAACUUUCAUGAGGAAUUGGUUUAGAUAUGAAAUUAUUCCUAUCUAUGCAGUAACCGUUGUAGCAGUUACCGGUGGAGCUUGGUAUCUCACUCGUCUCGCUAGGGGACCCGAAGUGGUUUGGGACCAAAAAAAUAACCCAACUCCAUGGAACAAUAUUCAAGAAGGUACUCAAGUGAAGUUAAUGGCCGUUAAUCAGAAAUUUGACAAGAACUAUAACCUCAUUUUAAGUCGGUUAAUGAUUUCUGGAAUUUUUAAUGAACCUGUAACGAAAUAUACUGGGGAUAAGUGUCGCAUUAUUGAAGGCCCAGAAGCAUGUGAAGAUAUCGUAAUUCAUCAAAAAACUGGAUUAGCUUUUAUGGCUUGUGGUAAUGAAUACGAGCGUAAAACUCAAUGGUAUCCUCCAGCCAAUGUAUAUAAAAAUUAUAGUUAUCUUCCUCACGAUACUCCAUACGUUUAUAACAUAAAGACCGAUACGUUAACUCCGUUAACCCUUAAAAACUUUGACGAAGGGUUGUUAUUACAUGGAAUAGGCAUCUACGAAGAUCCCGCUGAACCUAAUGAACUUUAUUUGUUUCUCAUAAAUCACAAGAAAAGUGGUAGUGUGAUUGAAUUAUUCAAACACACUUUAAAUACUUUUGAGUUGAAUUAUGUGAAAACCUUUAAACAUGAAUUAAUUUAUAACCCUAACGAUGUUGCUCCUGUUUCAAAGGACGAAUUCUAUGUUACAAAUGAUUAUUAUAAUACUCAUUGGUUGUGGAAAUAUGUUGAAGGCUUUGCUGGUUUACCAUGGGGCUUUGUAGUAUUUCAUUCGGAUAAAACCAAUACCACUGAAAUUGUUAUCGAUAGAUUAGCGUAUCCAAACGGAAUUAUUACAAAUUGGGAUUACUCAAAGGUAUACGUAGGAACAAUUAAUACAGGAGAACUUUUGAUUUAUGAGAGAAAGCCAAAUAAUAAAUUGGAAUUGUUGGAUAGAGUUAGUGCUGGUAAUUUUGUUGACAAUGUUAAUUUGGAUCCAAUCACCGGAGACCUUUAUCUUGGCGUGGGAGUAAAUGGUUUUGAAAAUGCUUUAUAUAAUUUGAAAGACGAAAUUGAUCCAUUGAGGAGACCCGGAUUUCGCGUGAUUAAAGUUAGUAACAAUACAGCGGAAGAUAGAUAUUAUGGAGUUAAAUAUAAGAAAGAAACAGUAAUUGAAGAUGAUGGUAGCUUUUAUCAUUCACUCUCAGUGGCGGCCGUAGAUUCUGAGAGAAAAGUUAUGUUAUUAGGAUCUCCUAAUGCAAGAGGAGUUGUUAGAUGUGAAUUGGAUUAG